CUGCUCUCAGCUGAGCUCCUCUCUCGAUUUUCACUCACACACUCUCCAACGCACAUUCACGCCUGCCCUCAGACUCGCCGCAACACUUGCUUUGAUACCCGGUCAGCCUUGAGCCGGUGUGCGUAGGCAUACCAUCAUCUCUACACCAAAACAUUGCACUCCAGCAACAAGAAAACCACUUGGUCUCUCACUCCUCAGGACUGAAACACGCUCCGUCUCUUGCGAGUGAUGCCUAAUUCUGUGUGAAGCUGCCGACCGGAGCACACUGGAGAAAGGAGUGCUCCGAUUCCCAACCCCGACCCAGACCCCGUCCCAAAAAGCAGCAGAUGUGACAGAGGAGGAGAGGCGGAGAGAGAAACAAAAUCUCCCCCACCCCUCCUUCCCUCAUCUGGGAGAACAAUACCCAGCCGCCAGUUGGAGAGGGUCAGCUUUUGUCCCUCUCCCCACGCUCCUGCUCAAGAGCCAGGAGCAGACAGACGCGCUGACACAUUGACCCGCUGCUGUGAGAGGAGAAGACGUGCAAAACAGUUGCUACGCUUUCCGCGGUUUGAUUCAGUACUUGGACAGCUCCUGAGCAACAACCAGCGUGAGUGUGUGUGUUUCCAUGAGUGUGUAGACUAUUGGUUUGGUUUGGAGACCAAGUACCACAGAUGCAGCCCCCGUGUUCGCUCCAGCUCGGCCCCAGUGGCCCCUCUCCAUCCCUGGGGUUGCAGGGCAGCACUGCCGGCUUCCACCAGCUGGAAGAGAAGCAGCUCUUUGAGAAGUUUUGGAAGGGGACUUUCAAGGCUGUGGCCACGCCGAGACCGGAGAGUGUCAUCGUGGCCAGCAUCACCGCCCACAGGAGGGUGACCAACUCAGAGACAGCAGCCUGCCAGCCACUCAAGACUGAUGAGAGGAAAGCAGCGGAGACCAGGGUGGACACCUCAGACAGAAAUGGCUGCAUCAAAGGAAAAGGACGCAAACACCACAGUCAUCGCAGGGCUAGAAGCCCCUCCUUUGAUGAGGAACUCUCCCCUCGGCCCAAGGGGAAGAAGAAGAAGAGAAAGUCCGAACGGAAGAGGAAAAGGAAAAGGUCUCCUUCCCACAGCCUGUCGCCACUGAGGAAGAAGAAAAAGAAGAAGAAGAAGAGCUCCAAGAAAAGCAAGCGGCAUAGGUAUACCUCCAAAAAGUCAAAACACAGCUCUUCAAGUUUAAAACAUAAGAGGAAGGAUGAGCGCAAGCACAAGAAAAGUUCCCGGACUCACUCACGGCGGAGACGACGCUAUCGGAGGUCAGAGUCUUACAGUUCUUCCUGCCAAUCUUCCACAGACGACCGACACCAUCUACAGAAAUCUGUGGUACAUCAGGCAUUAGGAGACCUGGCAGCUGUAGUAGAGGAAACCAAUGGAGUGCUUGACCACACAGACAUGAAGUGGAGACCUGCAACCAAAUCAGUGUGUAAAACGGCUCCAAAAUAUCGCUCCAUCCUCUCAACUGCCACCAUUUUGUCGUCAAAACCCGGAAGCGAGCUUUUACACAGAAAAGGGUCUCAGCAUUUAUUGAGCCAGACCGAAGGUCCACACGAUUACGAUUCUGGGAAUGACACAUCUUCGCCGCCAUCCAGCAAAACUGGUGUUUCUCGGGCGAGUGUCACUGACAACAAGAGGAACCACUGUAAACGUCUGGCCUCGCCAGAGAAGAUGAAGUUCACUGACAGAGACAAUGUCUCUGACUCAGGAAACUCUGUGACCAGCUACGCUUCCUUGUGCAAGCCUUACGUGGAGGACGGCUUGUCCGCAACCCUUUUCAGUGGAAAUGGCAAGAGGGAACAGAUAACCUUGGGGUGUCGGGUAGAGGUUGUGAGAUCUCCCAAGACUUCCAGCUGUUCACAAAAGAUGAGCAAGUCGUCUCGAAGGCGACUGAAAACCCGGUCGUCCAGCAGCAGGAGCAGGAGCAGAUCCUCGGGGAGUUCCAGAUACUCUGGACGCUACUCUCGAAGCCUGUCGCUGUCAUCUUGCAGCACGUACUCGCGCUCACCGAGUUAUUCAGCUGAUCUGAGGCGGCGAGGCAGCGUGGCCAGCCUGAGCUCCAGAGGAAGCUACUCCAGAUACAGUGCUGACAGACUACGAGACAGAAAGAGAACAACUAGCUCCAGAGAGACAGAUGUGAAGCCUGCACAUAAGGUUAGUGGGAAGAGACGAAGACGCAAAUCCUACUCUCCUAUGAAGAAGAGGAGGAGAGACUCACCAAGCCAUCUGGAAGCACGCCGAAUCACAAGUGCCAGGAAGCGACCCAUCCCUUACUUCCGCCCCAGUCCUUCCUCCACCAGUCGGUCCACCAGCGUGUCGUCCUGGAGCAGCCUCUUCACCCGCAGCCGCAGCCGCAGCCCGGUCCGCGGCAUCAGCAGGAGCCGGAGCCGGAGCCGCAGCCACAGUUUCUCCUCCUACAGGAGCUACAGCCGCAGCUCGUCCUGGAACUCGAUCUUUGGGACCCGCAGUCGCAGCCGGAGUCGCGGUUCACUGAACAAACGCAACAAAACCAGACAUUAGGGUUUCUCAGAGAACAUGAAGGGACCGAAGCGCCGGUCGUGUUUCCGGUUGAGAGCGGGGACAGUGGAUGUUGGAGCAAUCGACUGUGUCCAUCUCCGUGCUCCACUUUGACGCUUGAGUGGAUCUGUCCCAGCAGGGGUCCGACCACGUCUUUCAUUGUCUUGUUCACUCUGCCCACAGAGACCACCAGAGACUUUCUUUCUUCUUCUUCUUGUUUGUUUGUUUUGUUCUUGUACUGCAUCCUCUUGCAUCAGCACUCGCACUGGCCUGAGACUGUUCAUCGCUUAGAUAUUUACAAUAGAAACUGCACGCACAUAAGACAGAAACAGUGUUCCUGCAUUUGGUCAACUAACAUCGCUGUUCCUUCUUUGUAUGUCCCUGAACGUCACAUUAAGUUAUUAUCAUCAUUAAAUGAAUACUUUAAAAUGUUUUAACAGCUGAAUAUUUAUUUUAAAACUGAUGGUUGUUUAAAAUCGUGCAUAACAAGAAUAAUAUACAGAAUGUGUUGGCUAAUGCAAGUGCAGAUGCACCAGGUAAACGCAUUUAAAGUUUCAUAAGACAUCGGACAUUUACUGUCCCAUGUCAGGUCUGCAAGUAUUGAUGUAACACUGGAGCCGUUUGAUCCGAGUGUUCACAAACGGCUUCAGACGGAUCGUUAUCAGGAACGAGGCAAAGGUUUAUUGCUCUGAUCUCGGCACUUCCCAAGGUGGAAAACAAACGUGUUUCCAUUGAAAAAUGAAAUGGCGAGGGUGGGCAGACGGCGGGCAAACUGCCUGUCAACUCAAAUGUCAAAUUAAUUUAUCCUCUGAUCAAGUGGAAAACAAUUGAAAUGUCAGUCCAUGUAAUACAACAAAGAGCAAUCGAAACAUUGCGCAGGGACAGGGAGGGAGAUUUCUUUUGACAAAAUCUUCACGGUGUCAGUGGCGGUGUUUUUCUUGACAACUCACGGCAAAUAAAACAUGUAAUGUAUUUGUUUUGUUGUCAACUUGGGCUGUCUGUACUUCUAUAUGUUUUUGUUUUAUACUUUUGAUUUCAAAUGAUGGCAGAAAGAUAAAGCUGUACCUCAUUUGGUUGCAACAUGUUGAACAGAAGUCUGAACUUAUAAAUAGCAUUGAUUCUCAAUUUACUUGAAUAAUGUUUUCCUGCUUCACCACUGGAACACGUAUAUCAGAUGUGUUUUUGUUAUUGAGCUGUAUCACAACGGAAGGUCAAGUUUUGAAUUGUGUUGCACCAUGCAUAUUUAUUACUUAUUUAAUAUUUAUUAAGUUGCAGUCCCUCUCAGUAGUGGUCAAUCUUUCUAUGCAACACUGUCAAUUUAUAGUUCUUAUGACACUGCUGUAAUUUAUUUUUGCUUUGUUGUAAAUUGUUCUUGGGUUUUGCGACUAGUGCGACAUUUUGGGAAAUACGCUUAUUUGCUGUCUCGCUGAGAUUCAGAUGAGAAGAUUGAUAUCACUCUCGUAUCUGUCUGUCAAAUAUGAAGCUACAGCCAGCAGCCGGCUAACUUAGCUUAGCAUAAAGACUGGUAAUAGGGAAACAGCUGGCUUGGCUCUGAAUCUGCCUAGCAGCACAUCUAAAGCUCACUUAUUAAAAUGUAUGUCGUGUUUAAUCUGUCCAAAACAAGUUGUGUUUAUACGGGAGGUUAUGGGCCGGACUAUUUCUUGGCCAGGCGCAAUGAAAUCCUGAACUCUCCACUGUUUGCCUGGAAACCUCACAGUCACUGCGCCUGGCCAAGAAAUAGUCCGGCACACAACCUCUCAUAAAACCACUUACACUUUGGUUUUUGUAUAGAUUAAACAAACAAGAUUUAACAUGUUUAGUGAGCUUUAGUGGUGGUGGUAGAUGGAAUUUUUUACCUUUAGACGUAACCAGGCUAGCUGCGUCCCCGUCUCCGGUCUUUAUGCUAAGAUAAGCUAACCCGGCUGCUGAUGAUAACUUCCUAUUUAUCGUACAGACAUGAGAGUGGUUUCUUCUCAUCUAGCUCUUGGCAAGAAAGCAAAUAAGCUUAUUUUCCAAAAAGUCCAACUAUUCCAUUAAAGUUAAACUCCAGAGUUUGAAUCUGCAAAAAAGUUUGAAACUGCCUUUCCGUAUAAUUAAGAGAGUUAUAUUUCUCAAUCAUUUCAAAUCCAUCAUCCUGUCUGCGUAACUGCUCCAGGCCUGACAGACUGCUCUCUAUGCACUCAAUACUCUCAGCUUAUUUCCCUGAAUGUCAACUAAAUUGGAUGAAUGAGAGAAAUAUGACGCUGGAAGAGGAAGGAACUUGGCACAAAAGUCAUUCAUAAACUAUAAACUGAUGAUGACUGUGUCAACCAGUGUUGACUAGAUGCCAGUGGAAGAUUUGUGCAGUCAUGUUGAUAAACUUUCUAGAUGGGCCCCCAGGCCAAAGGCCCUCUCCCCAUCUCACAAUGUAAAGUUUACAUCAGUUCUUGUGCAAAAUGAUUUUGAAUAUGUAAUUACUGUGGUGUAAAUAUGCAUCUGCAUUGUAUAGAUUAUACAAAAGCUGUGAUCAUUUGAUUUACAGAAUGUGAUUUGGGCCUUGCUGGAUGUUAAAAUGUUGGUAUGGAUAGGAUGCAUUGACCAGUGAAAGACGAAACAAUAAGCAGGUCAGGCGCCAAUCAAUGGACUCUAGAUGUCUAAAGAUCUGAUCAUGUCUUUUGUUAUUUCAAAAAUCCCAAUAACAAGGUCAUAUAGCAAUAGUGAGCCAGUGUUUCAGUGUUAAAUUAUGCAUACGCUCCCUGUUUUCCAUAUGAACGAGCAUAUUGCAGAAUCAUAUGUUUUUCAUACUGUCACAUUUUAUCUUGUGUCAGUGUGAACUCCACAUUGUAAUAAUGGAAAUUGAAUUGUCCCCGCCAUAACCCCAUGAAAUCAACUUUCCCUCUCACUGCGUGUUUAGAAUAAGAUAUAUAAAAUCAUGUUCUGAAUAAAAA